AUGAAACUUUGUUUUAUUUAUUAUAUCUUGCUGUUACCACCAGCUAUUCACUGUGCACCUGUAAGUCUCAAUAAUUCAUGGCUUGUGUUCAAACGUGUUCACGGAAAAAAAUAUACAUCCGUAGAAGAAGAAUUUGCACGUCGAACCAUUUGGGAAGCAAAUCUUGUAAAAAUUCGCCAACAUAAUCUAGAGGCCGAUAUGGGAAUACAUUCAUAUCAUAUGGGCAUGAACAUCUUUGGAGAUUUAACACACGAAGAAUUUUGUAAACAACUUCUUAGUAACAUCAGAAUGCCAGAAAAAACGGAGAUUUCUCAUCAAAUAUUCGUUACCACUAGCGAAAUUGAAGCUCUUCCAUCAGCUGUUGACUGGCGCAAAUAUGGUAUUGUAACUCCUAUCAAAGAUGAAGGUCAAUAUGGUGCUAGUUGGGCUUUUUCUAUAACUGGUGCACUUGAGGGUCAGCAUGCGAAGAUUUAUAAAAAGCUCGUUUCUCUUUCCGAGCAGAAUCUUAUUGAUUGUUUUUCAUCAUGUGGCAACUAUGGUUGUAAUGGUGGUUGGAUGAGUAAUGGUUAUAGAAAUGUUACAGUUCAAGCACUAGAUACCGAAGAAAGUUAUCCAUAUACAGGUGUUAAGGGACCAUGUCGUUUCAAUCCUAAUACAAUAGGCGUCACAUGGACUGGAUAUACCGAUAUUAUAUCUGGAAGUGAAUUAGCUCUUCAAGCAGCUAUAGCAGAAAUCGGUCCUAUUUCGAUAGAGCUUGAUGCAUCACAUAGCUCCUUUCAAUUCUAUUCAUCAGGAGUUUACAAUGAACCUAAUUGUUCAUCAACUAAACUGAAUUUUGCUGGUUUAAUUGUUGGAUAUGGUACUCAAAGACAAGAUGAUUAUUAUAUAUUUAAAAAUUGCUGGAGCACAUCAUGGGGCAUUCACGGAUAUAUGUUAAUGAGUCGAAAUAAGAAAAAUCAAUGUGGUGUAGCUACAAGAGCUUCAUAUCCAUUUGUUAUUUAA